AUGACUGACCGGAUGACGGCUCAGAGUAAUAAUUCUUUGGAUGAUUUUAUCCUCCUAGGAUUUUCUCAAGGAAAGGCUAUAUUCUCACUCUUAAUUGCAGUUACCUACAUGAUGACCAUUAUUGGGAAUUUGACCGUGUUUACCAUCAUCCAGGUGGACAUCGACCUUAAGACGCCCAUGUAUUUCUUCCUGAGUUGUCUAUCAUUAAUAGACGUCUGUUACUCUACGGUCACCCUCCCGGCUAUGCUGGCCAAUGCUAUCACCGGAAAUAGGAGGAUAUCCUUCCAUAGAUGUUUCACACAACUCUAUUUCUUUGUCUCUUUUGGAGGAUCUGAAAGUCUUCUUCUGGCUACCAUGGCUUAUGACCGAUAUGUAGCCAUAUCCAACCCCCUUCGUUACCAUAAAGUUAUGAAUAGAAAAUUCUGCUCAGGCUUUGUUGUCGGGUGCUUGGUCUGUGGGUUGUGGAAUUCCGUGUUCCACACCUUGAUGACCAUGAAGCUGACCUUCUGUGGAGAUCAUCACAUUAACCAUUUCUUCUGUGAUGUCCCUCCGAUGUUGGAAGCAGCUUGUAGUGAUAUCCAGAGCAGCCAAGUGUUGUUACAUGUGGUCGCUGUAUUUCUAGGGAUGUCUCCUUUUCUUCUGGUGAUGAAUUCCUACAUACGGAUCAUCUUCAUUAUCCUAAGAAUCCGCUCCUUAGAAAGAAGACAGAAGGUCUUCUCCACAUGUUCCUCUCAUCUCAUCGUCGUCAGUGUUUUCUACAUAACUGCUAUGUUUAACUACAAUGGACCUAUUUCUGGAGAUUAUUUCAUUACUGUCCGUGUUUCAUCAGUUUUAUGUAGUGUGGUCCCUCCAUUGUUGAAUCCCAUAAUCUACAGCCUGAGAAAUAAAGAUGUGAAGAGGGCCCUAAGGAAAGUUAUUAAGACUUUUGUAUUUUUCGAUAGAUCUAAAUAG